CUUCCUGAGUCUGUAACAUCAGAAGACUGAAUGCUGUAAGGGUGGGAGCCGUAAAGACAACGCUGACAAGAUGAGGAGAUUCUACCUCCCGCUUCUUUUUAUCUUGCUUUUGGGGACCUGCACACUGGGCUCCAGCAGAGAAGAUGAACAGCCUGACAGUGAUGAUGAGGAAGAGGAAGAGGACCCCAACGGUGACGACGAGGACACUGGUAAUGAAAACACAGAAAACAAACAAACAGGAAAAAAAUGUAAAAAAGAGAAAGAGAAGCCCAACGAAAAACCCAAAAAGAAUAAAAAAAACAACAAACAUUGUGAUAUUGGAGAAGAGAGAAACGGUGGUAAGGAGCCGCCCGACACAAGUAAAAUGUCAACCUCAACAAGAACCCCAAGAAGUACCUCAACAGGAGCACCAACAAGAACCCCAAGCAGUUCUCCAACAGUAACCUCAACAGGAGCCCCAAGCAGUACCUCAACAGGAGCACCAACAAGAACCCCAAGCAGUACUCCAACAGGAGCCCCAAGCAGUACCUCAACAGGAAACCCAACAAGAACCCCAAGUAGUUCUCCAACAGGAAACCCAGGUGGAAUUAACAUGGUGGCCAUCUUUGUUCCGCUAUCCAUCUUCCUGUUGCUCCUGGUUCUUCUCGUUGCUGUUUUUCUCUGGAGAUAUUCUGACAGGUCCCAAUGUCUGAGGAGAUUCAGAUGGAAAGAUGGGAAUACAGUGAAGAUGAAGCCUGGGAGUGACGUCAUCACCAUCUACGCCACAGCCAGUCACCCGCUAGACAGUGGACACCCCGGGCAGCGUCCACUAUCUGGACACGUCUACCAGGAGAUUUCUGAUGUCCACAUGGGGGCAUCUGGACCCGGUUCAUCGUACUCCACUCUUGGAUUUCCAUUCCAGGACCAGAAGGCAGCAGCUCAGCAGCCGGCAGAUGGACAAUAUAGUCUAGUGGGAUUACCCGCCAAGUGAUACAAAGAAUGAACCUGCACGGAUUAUCCUGACUGCUGUUGAUGGAUCCUGCAUUACUGAAGGUUCACAGUAUCAUUCUGUAAUGCAGUAAUGAGUCAGUUGUGGGGGUGGCGGACCACCGUGCCCCAUGUUGGCGUUGUUAUUCUCUUUUCUUAUAAUAAUAAUUAAUGUUCUGCUAAUUGCUGGAAAAAUAAAAAGGACCGCGACUAA